AUGGGUAAAGGUGACAUUGAAUCGGGUUUCUCCGGACAAAGCAACAGCCUCUACCCAUACAUGAUAGAAUCACCAGAGCUACGAUGGGGAUUCAUUCGAAAGGUUUACAUCAUUAUUUCUAUUCAGCUGCUUUUCACAGCUGCCUUUUCCUCCAUCUUCAUCUUCUUCACACCCGCAAGAAAUUUCGUUCGCUAUAAUAACUAUGCUCCCUUCCUUUUCUUUGGAGCCGCCAUCUUUUCCAUCAUAUUUUUGUUUGUGUUGAGCAAAUAUUACAACAAACACCCCGUCAACCUCCUUCUUCUCGGUCUCUAUACCCUCGGCAUGUCUGUCACAGUUGGAUACGCUUGUGCUUUUGUCGACGCAAUGAUCGUUAUGGAGGCUGCAUUACUAACAGGUGUGGUAACUGGGAGCCUGACGAUCUACACAUUUUGGGCUGUUAAAAGAGGCAGCGAUUUCAGUUUCCUGGGCCCGUUCCUCUUUGCUUCCCUUAUGGUCAUGUUAUUGUUCUCAAUCAUUCAGGUGUUUUUCCCGUUAGGACCAACUGGGCGUAUGUUCAUUGCGGGGAUUAGUGCACUGAUAAUGUGUGGUUUCAUCGUAUACGACACUGAUGAUCUCAUCAAAAGAUAUACCUACGACGAUUACAUCUGGGCUGCUAUUGCCAUCUAUGGCGACAUCCUCAACCUCUUCAUAUAUCUGCUUACAAUUUUGAACGACCUUUAA